GGCCGGGCGCCACUUCCCCUUCCGGUCGGCUUCCGCCCGCUGGCUUCCGCCCGCUAGCUUCCGGCUUCCGUGCGGCUUCCGCCCGCCUUCCGCCCCCCUUCCUUCCGGCUUCUGUCCAGUUUCCCUCUGCCUUCGCCGGGCGCCGCCCGCGGCCAGGGCACGAAUGCUACCAAAACGGCGGCGAGCGCGGGUCAGGCCCCCGGACACCGCCCCCUCCUCCGCGGCACGCUUCCCUGGGGUCACUGUCUACCUGGCUGAGCCACGCAUGGGCCGCAGCCGCGCGCCUUCCCUCACACGCCUGGCUCUCUCCAAGGGCUUCCGCGUCCUGGACGCCUACAGGUGCGCGGUCGUGGCGAAGCUCGCCGCCAGCUCAGAGGUGACACACGUCAUGAUGGAGGGGACCUCAGCAGAGGAGGCCGUCUGCCAGCAGGAGCGCAGGACGGUGGCCCUUCACCCAGGAUGCACCUGCCCAGUGCUCUGCGUAAGCUGGUUCACGGAGAGCAUGGCGGCCGGGCAGCCUGUCCCUGUGGAGUGCCGGCACCGCCUGGAGGUGGCUGUGUGCAGGAACGGGCCGUCACGCCCAGCAUGGAGGCUGCCCUGUGCCUGCCAGCAUCCCACACCCCUCACGCACCACAACGCCGGCCUCUCGGAGGCUGCGGGCUUCGCCGGCAGUGAGGGCUGCCAACUCUCCUUGUGCAGAGCGGCCUCAGUGCUCAAGGCCCUUCCCAGCCCGGUCACGGCCCUGAGCCAGCUGCGUGGCCUGGCCCACUUUGGAGAACACUCGUGCAGGGUCGUCCAGGAGCUGCUGGAACGCGGAGUGUGUGAGGAGGUGGAGAGAGUCCGGCUCUCGGAGAGGUACCAGGCCAUGAAGCUCUUCACUCAGAUCUCUGGGCUCGGGGUAAGGACCGCUGACCGGUGGUACCAGGGCCGGCUGCGGACGCUGGACGGCCUCUGAGAACAGCAGAGACUGACCCGGCAGCAGAAAGCAGGACUCCAGCACCCCCAGGACCUGAGCACCCCGAUCCUGCGGUCAGAUGUGGAGACCCUGCAGCAGGCGGUGGAGGCAGCCAUGGGGCAGGCCCUUCCUGGGGCCACGGUCGCGCUGACCAGCGGCUUCCGGAGACUGGCCCCCUCGGGGAAGUUGUAGGGCCACGACGUGGACUUCCUCAUCACCCACCCCCAGGAGGGCCGGGAGGCAGGGCUGCUGCCCAGAGUGAUGUGCUGCCUGAAGAAGCAGCACCAGCGCAGCCGGCAGGCAGAUGACCCCACCCACCUGCCCCGGCAGAGCCACACCAUGGAUGCCUUUGAGGGGACUUCCUGCAUUUUCCACCUGCCACAACCCCCAGGGGAUGCUGUAGGGGCGCCCAGAGGCCCUGCCCCACCUGACCACCUGGUGGUCACCCCCAUCAGCCAGUUCCCCUCUGCACUACUCGGCUGGACUGGCUCCGAGGUAGGGAGUGUGCUGCUGCGGCCACCCUGGGGUCUGGGGUUGGUGGCCCUGCUGAUGAAGUCACUCUUGCCCCAUCGUUUCGAGCGGGAGCUGCGCCGCUUCAGCCAGAAGGAGAGCGAAGGGCUCUGGCUGAACAGCCGUGGUCUGUUUGAUCCGGGGCAGAAGACGUUUUUCCACGUGGCUUCAGAGGAAGACAUCUUCAGACUCUUGGGCCUUGAGUACCUUCCCCCUCAGCAGAGAAAUGCCUGAUCCUAUUAGCUGGCCCCCACUUCCACUCUCUGGAAAUGGAGGGCGCCAUUUGAGCCAGACGCUAUGGGUGUUCUGGUCCCUGAAUGUUUCCAGGUGGAAGAUGCACUGCUGCCCCAGGUCCUCACCCCUCCCAAGUGGGAGCCCUGUCUGUGUGGACCACCAAUCCCCCACGUACACCCAGUUCAAGAUGUCAUGAAAUGAGCAUGUGGAACAAACUAUGCUGUAUUUCCUGAA